AUGCACGCGUACCGCCUGCGGCAGCUCCAGGCGAACUCCACCGCGCUCUUACUCAACGUCGCGACGUGCGCGAGCGGCGCGCUGGUGUUCGCGUCCGCGGGGCACGUCGAUCCCGUCGCCGGGUGCCUCGUCGCGAGCGGCGCGACGGCGACCGCGGGACCGGGCGCGAGGUUGGCGCACGCGAUGCGCGAGCGCACCCAACGCCUCGUCUUCGCGUCCGCGCUGCUGGCGCUCGCGCCGGUCAUCGCGCUCAAACCCGUCAUCUCGAACCCGGCGAACGAUGACGACGCCAAGGAGGACGGGGGACCCACGCAUGCGGGCGGCGGCGGGUGGAACGGGCUGGGCGCCUCGCGCAUCGCGAUGCCCCCCGCCGAGAAGAUCGCGUACUACGUGGGGUUGGGCGCGGCGGUGGGCGUCGCGUCCGGGGCGCUCGGCAUAGGCGCGGGCACCAUGAUGAGCGUCGGCCUGGCGCUCGCGGGGAACAUGCCGCACAAGACGAUGCUGGGCACGUCCAUGGUGGCGCAGAUCGGUCCGGGAUUGGCUGGGGCGUGGGCGCACGCGCGGCUGGGGAACCUGCGCCUGGAUCUGGUCCCGGCGCUGGCGGGUGGUGCCAUGGUUGGGUCGUUCGUCACGAGCGAGGUGGCGGUGGAUUUGCCGGAGGAGGGGCUGAGGGCGGCGUUCGCGGCGUUCGUGGCGGGGCUGGGGAUGCACGCGAUGCGGGGGGCGCUGAGGAUGCCCAAGGUUUAG